AUGUUAUCUCCCGCCGUCGGGAGAGCCGUUCGCUCUUCCGGACCUAUAUCUACUGUCUCAGCGUGUGUACUGAGCCGCCCUGCGACCCUCGGUGCUGGCCAGCAAUCCUUUUCACGACCUUGCCAUCAGCGGCGCCUGUCGUCUUCCAAUGCGUCGAUACCGCCUGAUGGCUCCAACACAAAUGGCUCCAGCUCGCCACAGCAGACGCCUGCAACUGCGAGCAAGGCUCCAUCCAGGAAAAUGACGGGAAGGACGUCCAAGAAGAGAUCAGUCACGCCCGCUCUCAACGUCCCUCACGUUCCGCCUACCGACUAUCUACAAAAGCCUGAAGUCAAGAUAUCUUCUUUCUUCUCGCUCCAUCGUCCUAUAUCGCUCACCACACCGAUACCUCCUGUCGCGACGAACACUUCUUUUGAUUCCAUCUUCAAGGCUCGAGCGCCUAAUGAUAGGAAAUCCAUGGUGAACAAUAUCCAGACUCUGUCUAGCGGCAUUGAGAACCUGGAAGCAGCUCUACGUGUGCACGAGAAGCAGGCUCCUGAAGACAUGAGUCUUCAAGUUGAGACCGAAGUUCACCACUUGGAUGGGCCGCCCCCUCAAGCAUCUAUAGACCAGCUCAUGGCCCGAUUCGUUCCUUUCCGGCCUCCUCCUGCUCCUCUGCCUUUUAAUGAGGCCGAAGUCCCUGUAUAUGGUGCGGAAGAAGUACAAGCUACCAGCCAAGCCAAACAGCGCGCGUGGAGCACCGAGGUUGUUGUAACCGAGUCAACAGACCCUUCGGGUAAACGUACAUACUCGGCCACUACAGCGCCUAUGGUGGAAAUCACAGUCCCCAGCACAGAUGACGCCAUCGAAAUUCGACAGCCCUUUCUCAACCGCAUGCAGCGCCGGCAAGAUACCCACCUCCGUCCAGACAUGCUUGCUAUCAGUGUUAAAAGACAAAGGAAGCUGAAGAUGAAGAAGCACAAGUACAAGAAGCUCAUGAAACGAACGAGGCUAGAGCGCAAGAAGUUAGACAGGUUGUAA